ACAAACCACUAAGCAAAAGAAUUUUUUUGUUUUGCUUCCGCUCUGAAAUCAAAUAAAUAAUCAUAAUAAAAACAUUUUAUUAUAUGAUCAUAAAUGGAACAAAAUUCAUCCAAUGUUAAAGAUGGUGGUAAUAGUCUUAUUAAAUUUGCAAUACAACUUCAUCCCGAACUUAGAGAUGAAAAUAAAUCACCGGAUAAGUUGAGUUGGUUUCUAUAUCAAUUGCCAAAAGGUCAAAAAACAUCUAUACAAUCAAUUAUUGAUUAUAGUCGUGAAUUCUGGAAUCUUGAUGCAAAAAAAGAAUAUUCACUUAUUAUGACAUUGGAUGAAACACAACAUUUGUUUAGAUUUAUUACUGAAGAACAUCAAUAUCGUUCAUGUUUUACACAAGGUGCUGUUAUUGAACUUUAUUACUCAGUUCGAUAUGUUGUAUCGAAAUUAUUGGAAGAAUUUCAACAAUCAUUACGUGAAUGGACAUGUCAAGAUCGUUUACCAUUAUUGAAAAAAAUUUGUGUUUAUGCAUCGGAUCAAGCAUUUGUUGCCGAAUUUGAUGAACAAAAAGGAUUUCAAUUACUAAUCACAUCGUUUGUUGCAAAUAAAUUCAAUGAAUUUGAAUUACGUUAUAUUUUGGAUAUAAUUGCCAAAAUUUUGGAACAUGAUAUUAUACGAUGGUUCGGACCGAAUGCUGUAAUUGAAAAAAAUUUUAUCGAACGUAUUAUUGAAUUAAUUUCCAGUAAUAAAUUUAUGAUUCUGGUUCAACCAUCUCAGCAACAACAACAACAAUUAAAUCAUUCAUCUUUGAUACCAGAUGCAGAGCGUCGAAUUCUUAUUCUAUCACUGAGUAUACUUGAAUCUGCCAUUUUGAAUGCUGCAAAAUUAUUCUUGCCAGUAAUUCGAGAACAAUUACCGAUAAAAAAAUUAUCACUCUUAUUGGAACAUGAAAAAUUUCCCGAUAUUCAACAAAAUGUAUUGGCUUUGAUUAAUGCUAUUUUACAAAAUCAAGAACCAUCUAAACGUCGAGAUCAAUUUCGAAUAUUUAAAGAAACUAUACUACGUUAUGUUACUGAUAACGGUAGUGAAAUCACUCAUCAAUUAUAUGUAUUGCAAACAUUGUUACUUCGUUCGUAUGAUGAACAAUUAAAUCAAGGUGCUACACCCGAGCAAGCGAAUGAAAAAUGGCGUGAAAUACGUCGAAAUUAUGAUAGUGAAAUGGAUAAUUUAAUUAAAAAUCAAUUCAAUACAAACAGUACAACAACAAAUAGUCAAUCAUCAAACACCUGUGGUUUGAAUCGUUCGAAUUCAACCGUUUCGAAUAAAUCAAAUUCAUUCAAUGAUACACUUCUUAUGCUCAACAAUAAUGAAACGGUCGAUCGAUUUGGUCUACUGCCAUCCAAACCAAAUGGCACACCAGCUACACCGGCCGAAAUUUUUGCCGAUCCACCCGGAUUAUGGAUAUUAAAUCUUCUUUGUUAUUAUUCAGGUAAACAUAACGAAUCAUUUGUUCGUUUCAUAAUGGCCAAUCAAUCAUCAUCGGGUGAAACUAGACCAUAUGAUUGUCCAUUGAUAAUUGCAUCAUUUCGAAUACUUACACUGAUUGUCGAACUAUUGGGUAUUGGAAAACCACCUCGUGAUGAAGGACAUGAAUUUUAUCCUAUGUUAUUGAAACAUGAAGAACCAUUGGAAGAAUUUUUCAGCAUAGGAUUAUCGCUUUUCAAUCGAACAUGGCAUGAAAUUCAUGCCACUUUUAAUGAUCUAGAUAUAGCUUGUGAUUUUCUAGCCGAAAAAUUUCAUAAAAUUCUUGCCAAUCCUAAUGCUACAGUUUCUUUUGAAAAUUUUCAAAAAGAAUUAUCCAAAAUAAGCUACACAGAAAUAUCUCAUCGUUGGCGUGAAGAACGUUUAAAACGUGAACAACGAAAAGAAGAAAUGCCUGCAAUUCAAGAAUUAAAACGAUUAUUAUUACCUGAAAUGACUACAAUUGUACGAGAAAAUCGUCUAAAUUAUCUUGUUCGUGGUACAAGAUUUGAUAAAUACACUGCCAAAGGUCAAAGAUUAAAAGAUAAAUUCUGGUAUUGUCGUCUAUCACCGAAUCAUAAAACAUUAUUAUAUGGUGAUGUGGAUGAAGAUUGUAAAAAUCUAGAUGAAAAACUUACUUCAAAGUUUGACAUUGCUGAUGCUGGUCGUUUGGUUGUUGGUAAAGAAUGUCCACAUAUGCGUGAUUCAAAGAGUAAAAAAACAACCACGUCAUUGGCAUUUGCACUGAUACCACGUGAUGAUGAUUCGAUUAAUGGACAACAAUCACCACCGUUAUGUUUUGUAGCCGGAAAACCCGAAAUAUUCGAUUAUUGGAUUGAUGGUCUAAAUUCAUUAUUGCAACAUGAUAUGACCAGUAAUGAAACUAAAAAAGAUGUCGAAAUGUUAUUAGAUCUAGAUGUAAAACUUCGUUUGCUCGAUAUUGAAGGUUUAAAUAUCCCGGAUCAAGCACCAGAUCACAUCUAUUCGGUUAAAAUAGUCGCCCGGUCAGGAUUUUCAAUGAUGGCUAUCGGUGAAUUAAUCGGAUCGCUCCAGAAUAAUCCAUAUUUUGGCGCCGGUUUUGGUUUGGUUGGUUUGACGGCAGCUUUAGCUGCUAGUCGUAAGGCUGCCAUUAUUGCUUGGGCCGGUGUUCGACGUUAUGCAUUUGUUACUUGCGAAGUUAAUUCAAAAGGUUUGAAAAUAAUUUUUUGUUGUAAUUUUUCGGAAUUUAAAACAUUUUGAUCAGAUAAAAGUUAUCAAUGGAUUUUGGAAUGGAUCACACGGCAAUCAUAUCGAACACAACAUGUUUCAAUGUGUACGGAAUUCUAUGAAGAUCAGGCCGGACGAAUUUCUACACGAUUUGCUUAUAUUCCAUCUCCAGGUAUUCAUUUUUUUCGAUAUCAUGGUUCAAUAUUUCGUUGUGAACGUGUUCGUGAACAAAUGGAUGCUCUAGCCGGUCGGCCAUAUGAAGUUGUUACGUUGACCACUUUAGGUCGAGAUAAAUCGAUAUUCAAUUCUAUAUUUGAUGAAGCACGAACAAUAGCAUUGGCUGAAGCGGCAAACAAAACGGCCACAUACGUACCAUUUGGCCAUGAAUGGAGAGUAUUCGGACAGGCACGUUCAAAACGACCAAUCGAUUCGGUCAUACUUGAUAAUGGUGUAGCCGAAAAAAUAGUCACUGAUGUUGAACAAUUUUUAUCAUCAGCCGAAUGGUAUCAUAAACGUGGUAUACCAUAUCGUCGUGGUUAUUUACUGCAUGGACCACCUGGAUCUGGAAAAUCUUCAUUCAUAUUUGCAUUAGCUGGUCAUCUUAAUUAUUCGAUUUGUGUACUUAAUCUAUCCGAUCCAUCAUUGACCGACGAUCGUUUAUUACAUCUAGUCAAUACUGCACCAAAAGAUUCGCUUGUAUUACUUGAAGAUAUUGAUUGUUCGGUACGACCACGAACGGAUGAUGGACAUCCAGAACGUUGGGAAGGUCUUUCGCGUGUUACAUAUUCUGGUUUAUUGAAUACAUUAGAUGGCGUAGUUGGAUCAGAUGCCCGAAUACUAAUGAUGACCACAAAUCAUUUGGAAUUAUUGGAUGAUACAUUAACGAGACCUGGUCGUGUUGAUGUUAAAGUACUCAUUGAUGAUGCUAGUGAUGGACAAUUGAAACGAGCAUUUUUAAGAUUUUUUCCAACAAGUUCGUCGAGUGAUGGUGAUGAAUUUGUUCGCCAUGUUCGCCGUACAUAUCCACGACCAAUUUCAAUGGCUAGAAUUCAGGGACAUUUUUUACUUUAUCGUGAUGAUCCAAAAGCUGCACUCAAACAACCAAUUCAAUAGAAUUCAAUAAGUAAUUUUUUGUUUUAUUAUACAAAUGAUGAAUUUAAUGUUUAAGAUGAAUAAAAAAU